CAAUAUAAAUAAAAUGAUUAUUUUAAUUGAAAAUUCUUCAGAAAAUUAUUCGUUGUAUUUUCAGUCGUUUAUUAUGUGUGCUAGUUUGAAUAAAGAACUGGUGAGUUCAUUACAAUCGACACGAUCUUUUUCGUCAUCAUCAAAUACGAAAACGAUAAAAUCAAUGUCCAAAUCCGUAUCUAUUAACAAUCGAAAAUUAAACAGUAAAGAUCAACAACAACAACAGCAGAAUCAACAACCCGGUGAACCUCAACGUUUUCCAAAAUUGAGACCUGAAAAUGGUCUCAUGGGUUCAUCGGGUAAAUAUGAUUGUUGUGCGUAUAUCAUACAUUGCCCGGUGCACAAUCGAAUUUUAAUCAAUCAUCAAGAUCAUGUAGUAUGGAUGCCAUUCACAUCGUUGCUUCAUAAUCUAGGUUGGGAAGACAAUGCUAUUCUUGGCUUUAUCAUCAUUGUUUCCGGUGGUGAUCCGGACCGUGUGAAUGCAUUCAAAGAAAAUCCACCAUAUGAAAAUUUCAUGUGUAUGCAAGUGUUACGAUUGCAGUUACCGCGAACGAUGCGAUUCAUUACUCGGUUAAUUUAUCAUUUUAGAAUUAAAUGCAAUAAUAAUGAGGGCCAUGGAAAUUUUCAUUUUCAAUGUGGCCAGAAUACCGAUAAUCUGGAAUGGAUAUCGCUUCAUGAAAUCACAAAAUACAACAAUCUUUGGGGUCCAGAAUUGUUGGAAUUCGGAAACAAUCUAAAUACAAUGAAAGAAACAAAAAUAUCUGAAUAUAGUCUGGAAGAGGUAUUGCUCUAUGUUCCACGUGAUCCUCCACGUAAUCUCGAAGAAGAGAUGCUUAAGCCGAUUCAUAUAACGGAAAAAGAUGUAGAACGUUUGUAUGAAGAUUUUCUUGUACACUGCUAUCCAAGUUUCUCAAUGUCGAUUGAAUCAUUCAAAUGUUAUAUGAAAAAACAUGAAUUUGAAAAGGAUGAUGCACGUUUGGUUCGAUUUUUUCGUGGAUUCAACUAUACGAAAACUAAUUUUUUAUCAUUCCAUGAAUUACUUCUUGGUCUCGCUUGUAUGGAACCAACCAUACAACAUGGAAAAUUUCGUGUUAAAUUCAUUUAUCGUUUUUUCAGUGAUGAAUCCGGACAUAUGACCAAGGAAUGUUUACGAAAACUCUUGCUCGAAAUUAAUCCGGAUCAAAAUUCAAUCGAUUCACGGUUGAAAAAUGCAUUGAAUAGUUUGAAUACCAAAGAAAUAAAUAACGCUGAAUUGAUCAUUUCGGAAAGAGAUUUUGUCUCAGCUAUCGGUAAUCUUCGAUUCCGUGGUACAUCGGUAUUAUGUCGUUAUCAAAAAGGUAUUUUCAGUCGAAUAUCAAGAGCAUUGGUGGCCAAAGGUCUACGUCGUGCAGAGAAGGCAUUGAGUAACGUAUUAAUCAAACGUCGAUACCAAGGGACGUGUAAAACGUGUAAAGAAAAACGAUACGAUCUGGCCACUCAUUCUGUAAAAUUUGAUGUACAUGGAAAUCUGAAAAUAAAACGCAUCAUUAACAAAUAUCAAGAAGAUUCAGCAAUCAAUCCCAACAUACAUCGUAAAGAAUGUUUAACAGCUCAACAAUAUUCGAUCGAAACGGUAUUCAAUCGAAAUUCAGCCGCUAACAUUAUUAUAAAUUUGGUACGAGAUUUUAGCAACAAUAAAGGUACGGUUCGAAAUCCAAAUGGCCUGAUGCAAGAUCGAAAAGAAGACCUAUGGAAAUUGCUAUUGUCAAUUAAUAAUGAAAUUGAACUGUUGCUAAAGAAUGAACAAAAAUGUCAUAAAAUCUAUUCACCUUGUUUCAUCAUGGGUGACAUACAUGGCAAUCUGGAAGAUUUAUUUUCUUUGGAAAAGGCCCUAUGGAAACAGAUACCGUGCAUUGGAGCCAAUUAUCUUUUUCUUGGUGAUUAUGUUGAUCGUGGUCAAUGGGGUUUCGAAUGUGCUAUGUAUUUGUUUGCAUUCAAAAUUCUAUGCCCCAAUAAAGUGACAUUGUUGCGUGGCAAUCAUGAAGUUCGACUUAUUCAGACGAAUUAUACAUACAAACGUGAAUGCCUUCAUAAAUAUGGCGAUUUUUAUGGACUGAAAAUCUGGGAACUAACCAAUCGAAUAUUUGAUAAAUUCCCAGUUUGUGCAUUGGUUGAUGAUUGUAUUUUUUGUGCACACGGAGGUUUACCACGAAGCUUAUCGGAAGUGGAACAAUUGGUCAAAAUCAAACAGGAAUUAAAAGAUCCGGAACGUGAAUCACGAGCCGCUUGGGAAAUUCUAUGGUCUGAUCCAUGUCAUAUGCAACAAUUUCUUGAGAUUGCUGACCUUCUCAAUCUUAAUCCGGAUAAUUUAAAUGGUUUCAUCAAAAACACUAAAAGAGGUACAGCAUUUCUGUUUAACGAAACUGGUGCAUUGAAUUUCUUACGGAAAAACGGUCUCACAUAUAUAAUACGUGCUCAUGAAGUUCCACCUAAUGGAUAUACAUUUCAUUUUGGUAAUAAAUGUGCCACCAUAUUUUCCUGUUCUCAUUAUUGUGGUAAUGAUAAUGAUUGUGCCUGUAUAUUGACUGAUACACAAAAAUUACGUGUUAUUCAAUUGGAUACUGUCAAUAAUUCUUCUGCUACUGAUUAAUUAUUAAUUUAUGAUUUUUAAAAAAAUGAAA